AUGUCUGUGUCGCCGAGCGUCGAGCGGCCGUCCGUCGACGGCCUGACUGCUUCGCCGUCCAUGUCCAUGCAUCUGGCACUUCGCAAUUCGACGACUUCAUCUUCGUCGCCUCCUCCGCCCCCGCAUCCACCUCCUCUGCCGACUAGUCGUAUCGACCAGUUCCUGCUCGAGACGCUGGACGACGGCGUUGGGCCGAACGACUCUGAAGCAUCCAGCAGUCAUGCCCAGCACGAGACCGACAGGCAUGGAUUCAUAGCCGAUGACAGCCGCAACACUGACGAGUAA